AUGACCUGUAGAGCAGCUUUUGGGGGAAUAUUGAAGAACAAUGAAACAAUGAUCGAGUUUUUGAAGAAGUCAGUCACCCUAGCGGGUGGCUUUGUUGCUGCUGAUUUUUUCGCCUCCUUGAAAAUACUUCCUAUUAUCAGCGGAAUAAAAGGCGAAUUGCUCACAAUGCACCAUAAAAUAGAUGCCAUUCUAGAUGAUGUGAUCAAUCAGCACAAAGUGAACCAUGAAUCUGGAAAAAAGGGCAAUGCUGAAUCAGGAGAUGAAGAUCUUAUUGACGUUCUUUUAAGACAACAGGAAAAUGGAAGCCUUCAGAUUCCCAUCACAAGCCAAAAAAUCAAAGCUGAUAUAUUCAAUACCGGAACAGACACUACAUCAAUAGUAACUGAAUGGGCUAUGUCAGAAUUGAUGAAGAAUCCGAAGGUAAUGGCCAAGGUACAAGCAGAAGUGAGACAAGUUUGCAAGGGAAAGAAGACCAUUGAGGAGGAGGAUAUUCAAAAACUGACCUACCUGAAGAUGGUGGUUAAAGAAACUCUAAGGCUGCAUCCACCUGUUCCUUUAAUCCCAAGAUCAAACAAGGAAAUUAAACCGCGAUGUCAAAGGGUAUAUGAUACCCAUUCUUGUUAA